UGUCUCCUCUGAUUUCAGCCAAGGUAAAUAGUCUGAUAACAGAAUGCCCUUUAAACCUGGGACUCUGGAGGUUGUGAGGGGAACAGUGAUCAGCAAGUUUAAAUUGUUUCAUAAACUCGUUGCCUGAUUUCACUGUAAAAUGAUAAAUUACAAAUGGCAAAGUGUGUCAAGUGGAAGUAGAAUCCUGCCAGUCUAGUGCUAAGGUCUUUGGAGAACCAGCAUAAAUAAAAACUGUUUUUUCAGUGAAUUAACUUGUUACAAAAUACCAUAGGCAUUAAGGCAUUUGUUGAAUACCUUUGAAAAUUCAGUUAAUUAUUUACAAAAGUAAUACUUAGGGAGUUUUCACAGGUGAUGGAAACUGUAGAUGGAGAGAGUAAUGAAGAUGAGAUUUAAAAGCUAUUUUGUCUUCCUAGUUACGGUGUGUUCAGGCAAACUCUUUGCAGAAGAUACACCUUGUGAUUUGCCACAGAUAGAAAAUGGAAACCUUGCCCAGUACUAUUACAGUUUCAAAAGUUACUAUUUCCCUAUGCGUAAAGGAAAAAAGCUCUCCUACGCUUGUGUGGCUGGUUACACAACUGAAAGUGGGACUCAAGAGGGAAGGAUAACUUGUACAGCAGAAGGAUGGUCUCCAGUGCCACGAUGCUACAGAAAAUGCACCAAGCCUCUUUUGGAAAAUGGCUCUUUUUACAGUACAGAAAUGGACUUCAAAAUCCAUGAGAAAUUGCAAUACAAAUGUAACCCAGGCUACCACAGCCCAAGUGGUGCUACUGAAGAUACAGUGCAGUGUCAGACACAAGGAUGGUCCUUCCAGCCGAGCUGUACUAAAAAACUUGAGUCGCACCAGGUGCCCGGGCUGGAGCCGGAGGCGCGGCCGGACGGGACAUCGCGGCGGCAGCGCUGCCAGCCGGGUGCGUCACCCUGCAGAGCGACCCAAAAUCACACCCAAAAUCGGCCAACAGCCCGCCUUCACUGUUCUCACUGCUGUGCUCUCCUCCCAGAAAUAACUUGCUCCGCUCUGAGUGAAGUAGCUCAUGGAGGUUUCGAUCCUGUGAAGAAAAUCUAUGAAGAAGGAGAUGUAGUUCACUUUUUCUGUGACAAACGUUAUUCUCUCACUGGAUUUGACUUAAUUCAAUGCUAUAAUUUUGGGUGGUAUCCAGACCCUCCAGCGUGUGAAGAUGUAAAAAAUAAAUGUCCUCCACCACCACUCCCUCAUGGCCAUAUCAACACAGCCAGAAGAACAUACCAUAAUGGAGACAAAGUUCAUGUACAGUGUACCUUGGGAAGGAGAGGAUCUGAGGAAAUCCAAUGUGAAGGAGGAAAAUGGACAUCACCCUCUAUCUGUAUUGGAACUGUGGAUAAACAGGAAUCUGGGGCAUCACCACCACUCGAGGCAGAUGCAGAAAUAAGGGCAAGCCAAACACGUCACAAUGAAGAUAUGAAAGUGCAGCAAGACUGUGCCUCCCCACCUGUGAUUAAAAAUGGGGGUGUCCUGGGCCCAUUAUUGGCAAGUUACAGAAAUGGUUCCUGGGUAGAAUAUGGUUGUCAGCAUUACCACGUUUUGGAUGGGCCCAGUACUGUUUAUUGUGACCAUGGAAACUGGACAGAGCCACCAACCUGCUUAGAACCAUGUAUUCUUAAUGCAACUGAUAUGGACAGCAACAACUUAACAUUGAAAUGGAGACGGGAAGAAUUAAUUUUCCUACAUGGAGAUCUCAUCGAGUUUGAAUGUAAACAGGGAUAUGAUUUUCUCCAGACUGCCACUCCAUCUCCUGGGAGGACACAGUGUGACCAGGGCAGACUGAAAUAUCCAAAAUGUGUUAUUCAAGCUGCUACAGAAAAAUGUGGCUCUCCACCCUCUAUUGCAAAUGGAGCUCUCACUCUCCCAGUGCUGCCCCAGUACGACACUGGAUCUUCAGUUCAGUAUAUUUGCUCUGAUUAUCACUUUUUGCAAGGCUCUGAGAGAAUCUACUGCUCUGAAGGACAAUGGACUUCGCCACCAGUUUGUAUAGAGCCAUGCACUUUGUCAAAAACUGAAAUGGAGAAAAAUAAUGUGCUGCUGCAAGCAUACUAUGCAGACCAAGUUUACUUUUACCACGGGGAUUAUGUUGGAUUUUACUGUAAACAGAACCAUUUUGGAGCAGAAUCUGGCACAACUUUAUUUCAAGUACAGUGUAAGAGGGGACAGCUGGCAUAUCCAAGGUGUGUUGAAAGAGGAAAGCAAGUGUGGACUUGAGGAAAGCCUGUAGGAAAGGUAAGGAGCUCUGAAGGACUGAGCUUGAGGAACAACAGAAAACAGCAAGUAUAAAAAAAAGCUUUUAAUGGAUCUGUAAAACUACUUAAAACCUAAAAGUAUACACAUUUACUGAGAAGUUAAUUAUUUUUAAAAUUAUUUUAAGACUAUUAAAAUCCAAGUACUUUGUAUGACUUCCUAUGACACUUAAAUAUUGAACUCUUAAGGUUCUGCCUGAGAAUUAAAUAUUGAACUCUUAAGGUUCUGCCUGACAACAAGUGUGACUACAUCUAUGAAGAAAAUCCAGGAAUAUGGACAAUGUUUGCCUUGCAUCCAUUUUAGUCUGUUUUAAUAAAAAAGCUACUCUAAUGGUGUCUUCUGUCUUAUGUCUCAUCUAUCUGUGAAAUCAUUGCAUGUAUGGUGUUCUGUGUGGGUUUCCAAGGCUUACAUAAUGAAUAAGACAGAAAAAGAUAUGAAAGUGUUCAGGAAUAGAGAAAUUCUGCUCAUUUAGUCAAAACCCAGUCGACCAAUAGGUAGAAAAAAAAUGUCAAUAAAAGCACUUUACACAGUGUAUAUAACAGCAGAACCCUUACUCUUACAGAGCAAACAGAGGGAAAUGGAGCAAAAGGGACUAAAAGGCUUUUGCUGGAACAGUUGUUGGAAGUAGAAUUCGUUUACCCCCAUCACUUCCUCUGGACGUGCACACAACACUGGCUGUGAGCACAGGACAGGAUGAGGGGGAUUGCAGAAAUGAAGGCAGCAUCUUGUUGAUGAACUUUGAGGCAAAGAAUGCAUCAAAUAUUCAAGCUUCAUGUGGGGCUGCUGCCAUGAACUCACCUACCUGUUUUAGUGACAUGCCCCACCUUCUUAUUGAUUGUUUUAAUCCUAGUGUAGCAAUAGAAUAUCUUCUUGUGACCCUUGGUGUCCCUUGUAAGUGCCACUCUGAGCUUCAUCUUUCCUAACAUUAUCCAUGCAUGCCACAUCAAUGUCGUGGACAGCUCACCUUGGAGCCUGUUUUUGCCUCAAUCCCCUGUAAAUUGAUUUAUUUUCUGCUUCAGAGGUCUCUGUGAAGUCUCUGAUGAGAUAAGCCAGACGGACUGGUAGAUUUCCUCCUGAAGAUGAGAACUGAAUAAUCUUGUGCUUGCAGGAUUCUGUGCUUCAAGACCUCUAAGCUUUUCUGGACUCCUAUGACUCCCAAGCACUUCCAUCUCCUCUUUUCCUAAGUAAGUCAAAGUCUGCUUUCCUAUUGUGUAUGAUUUGUACUCUGGUACUUGCUUUUUCCUCUCCCUUCUGAACCAGGGAGUGCAUUAGUCCAUGGCUACCACAGCCAGACUGCCACUGAUUUCCACAAGCACUUUCUCUUUGUGAAGGGCGGAUGGGGCAGUAUAGACUGGUGCAUCCAGGACCUGGACCAGGAGCUAGUCCCCACUUUCACCUAGAUAUCCCAAUUACUUGCACCCCAACAUCUUGCCUUUGCAGGCAAGGUCUGGCUCAAGUCCCCCCAGAAGAACUGGUUCUGGCCAGAGUCUUCCAGAAGUUGUUCAAAGGAGACUCCACUUACUUGCUCUUUCUGCUCAGGCACUCAAAGACCCUCACCCCAAGCUCAUUUCCAAGCAAGUGCAUGGAGAAGAAGGUAGGAAUAGACAAGGCCAAACACGCUUUGUGUGCUGAUAAUCAAAUUACCUGUCAGCUUUAAUUCUUGUCUCAGUAUGCCACCAAAGCCAGCCUGUUUCAGGACACAAUUGUUAAUAAAAUAACAGUGAGAUCAGUAUAGAAUGGAUAAAGUGCAAGCACAACCCUUUGGCUGCAUAAAAUGUAAAUACAUUUACAAAACUAGAUCUAAUGUGGAUAAUAUGCAAACACAACCAUCCAA